AUGAAUUCAGUUGCUUUCAUUCAGGAUAACCAGCCCAAUGUCAUCAAGGUCAAGGCUCAGACAGAGUUGGCAGGAUAUGUGAAGUAUGCUAUCAAGGUCUUCAGAACUCACAGGACUCUUGUAAUGAAGGGUGCAGGCAAUGCUACUAGUAAGGUUCUCCACCUUACUGAAAUCUUGAAGAGAAGGAUUGGAAAUCUUCAUCAGAUCAACCAUGUCUACUCAGUUGAGGUAGACAACAGGAGAGAAUGCCAAGACGGCAGAGGGAAGAAGAGAAUGUCUAUCUUUGAGUCCAUUCUAUCAGUUGAUCCACUUGAAGAAGAUGAUAUUGGAUACCAAGAGCCAAUUGCAAAGGAGAGGAGACAAUCCUUCAUGACUCCUCAGAAAUUCCAAAGAAACCAGCAGAGAAGAGGUUUCUAUAGAGGAGGAAGAAGCCCAAGAUAUGAAAAUUUCAGACCAAGAUAUGGGCCCCCUAGAGAUUAUGAUGACUUCUAUGACAGUCCUCAUUUCACCACAAGACCAAAUUUCAGAAGAGGAUAUGGUCAUCGCUAUGGCACUGAUUACAAGCCAAGAAGAUACCAAAAUCAGUGGAUCCAAGAUAGCAGACCAAAUUAUGAGUCCAUGAGUCAAGGACCAUCCUACAGAUUUAGAGAAAGAGAAGAAAGAUUUGGUGGCUUCUACUCAAAUGAGAAGAUGCCUAACAGAAGAGGAUUCUCUACCAGAAAGAAGUGGAGAAACAGAAGCAGAGCUGGCACUGUUGUCAACUUCAGAACUCCAGAGUCCAGCGGCAAAGUCUCCAGCAGGAUGUCUAGUCAUCAAGAUUAGUUCUCUCCCUUACUUGUGUUACUAAAUUUCAGUUCAUUUUA